UGCUAAUAUAUAUAUAAAUAUAUAUACACACAUACAUAUAUAUGAUAAAUACUCGGCAUUUAUUUUUGUCUCGUCUCACACUGCUGGUAAUCGUGCAAGCAUCGAGCCUGACGGCAACUUUAAUUAUUAAUAGUUCUAUUGUCACCUAUGACAAAGGAAGAUGAUGUCAAGGAAACAAUUGACAGAAGUUACGAACGAUUAUACCUUAAUUUAGCCUCUUCUCGCUGUUUCUUCCAAACUCCCGUGCCUCAUAGCCUUCGAUCCAUUUUCCACGAUUAGAGUAGAACGAAGUCUCGUGGUAUGAACUGUAUCGUGACAGGCGGCUGAAACUAUCUGUUUCAGUCGGCAAAAUUUAGUCGGUGCGGCUAUUGAGCGGCUUGAAAGAGUACGAUCGUUGUUAAUAAAAUUAUCAUAAUUGCGAUAAUGGAUCGUCAAGGAUGAUUUAUUACGUUUCUAGGCUACGAUAAAAUAAAAUUUGCAUCAGCCGUGCAAUAAAUAGAAGAUACUGUCAGGGUUAAUUGAACACGCCGCCCGCGUACUAUCUGGUGAAAUCCAUUAAUGAAAGAAUCCUUCCUAUCCUAUUAAAAUAAUUCUCAACUAAUCGGCAGUAAAUCGCUUCUUCGUCUCUUUACACCACAACUAGUUCGAAGCUUCAAUAUUUUAAUAAGAGAGAAAAAUGUCUAAACCUGUGAGAAAAAAGGUGCGAGCCAUUUUAUAAAAGAACGUUGAUAGAAAUCGAAGCCUCGCGCUAUUUAGAUCUACGAGAGAAGAAAUGAUUAACGACGUCGCCAGUAAUUGCGCUUCCAUAAUCGUCUUUUAAAUAUUCAUGCACGAAAUUUUAUAUUUUUUUUUUUUUUUUGUAUCUCGUUAGAUUCCCGAUAAUUCGCAUUCCCAUUAAUAUCGUCGAUUAUGCAAUGCAUAAAUUGCGCUGAAAUUACAUUUAAUUAGAUGUUGCGUAAAAUAGCUGAUAGAAAGAUUGGAAGCAAGGUGCUUUCUACCGCGAAUUGAUCAGCUCGGUAAUGAGACGUUUCCAAUGACACAGCAAUGUAAAAGCGCUUGAUAUCUGUUGUUUCAUAUCAACUGAUCGUUUAUAUGCACUAUCGUUGCACUUAAGACAAAUGAAAUUAUCGCGUGAGGAACGUCGAGGGUAGAAAGUCGCGUUCAGUCGAUCGUCGCUCUUUCUCGACGUUUGUCGCAUCGUUCGCACCCGAUCCUCAGGUAUCGCAGAAUUGCAAAUAGAUAAGUUUGCAAAUAUUGCUGAGUGGACGUCACGAAAAUUACCAUGAAAAAACUACCGAUAUACCUGCUGGCGCUUCAGCACGUAAAUUAUUUGCGCUACUUGUCCACCAACGUCGUACAACCUGUCAACGAUCUUCUUCGAAGAAACAAAUUCACGGACGUGCAGUUCGUCGUGCAGAAUCCUUACGGGCGGUCGGAUCACGGAGCAGUGGACGAGAUUUACAAAACCGUGUCGCGAGUUUUACCAACCAGUUGCAUCUCGUUCAACGGCUCGAUUCCUCCGGAGUUGUCUUUCUUUCACGCGUCACGAACAACGUUAAUCCUGUACGUUUAUAUCGCAAGAACUUUGCCAGAUUUCGAACAAACGGGGAACAUUACCGCCGAGAUUAUGGGGAACAAUCGACCAAAGGUUUUGUUGAUGACCAUGCUGGAGGAACAAAAUUGCAACUUCGAGCAGUUUCUGGAGCAAACGUGGCACAGAUAUCUGAUCGACAUGACGGUUUUGGAGUUGUCGGAACCGAAUGGAUCGGCAGUCACUACGAUGAUUCAUCGGUAUAAUCCGUUCACGCGCGUCUACGAUCAACGGCCUUACGCUUCCGGCGUAGAGUGGUUCCCGAAUAAAGUGCAGAAUCUUCACGGUUAUCCGAUGAGAGUAGGUAUGCUGAAUCGUACAGACUACAUAUGGUUCAUAAGAAAUUUACUGAAAUACGAAAGCCCGGACGUGAAAACUAUGAAAACGCUUGCUCGGGUUAUGAAUUUCACCAUCGUGAAAGUACCUGACAAAAGACCGGUCCAGGCUACAGCCGAUGGAAAAUGCGACAUAAUAAUCCCGUCGUUAUCAAUCUAUGCGGACAAUUUCUCCAGACUGAUCGAGUAUACUUUGCCCCUUGAUUUCGAAAAUUGGUGCCCGGUGAUACCGCUUAAAUACAAAUACAACAAGUCCGAGGGGCAAGCCCUCGUCGGUUUAGCCAUAAACUGCUGCAUCGUUCUCGUGUUCUGGGGGAUAUCGGUCGUGCUGAAGUUUAACUCAGACUUGUGGCAGCCGUUGAAGAUCUUCGGUAUGUUGAUAGCGGUCGCCAUGCCGUCGAAGCCGAGAGGAACGAAAGAGAGGGUUAUAUUCUUCGCGAUACUAAUCGCUUCGUCCAUCUACUCGACAAAUUUGUUCGUCGACCUCACCACCGUGAGCAUGACAGAGAAAACCGAAAUGGAUUACAAAACGUACGAAGAGCUGGACAAGUCCGGGUUGAUUCCCGUUGUCGUGCCUGAUCUUCUCAACGUGACGUUCGUUAACGACGACGAAUCCUUUCUCCGGUUGAAGAGAAAGACGAUCACAGGCGAUACUCUCGAGCAAUCUUGCAUAAAUUAUUUAAAGCAACAUCAGAACGUCACUUGCUUCCAAGACACGACCGGCACGAACAUGAUUAUUUACAUGGAGGCGCGGCUUGGUAACGUUACCGCGAAAAUUUGUAAAAACUUGUGUUACGUGAGACUGCCGGUCGCGUACUUCCUGAGAAAGCAUUCACCGUACAAGGAUCGAUUUGUGGACAUCAUAACGCGCUUGAGGCAAACAGGUAUCCGCAGGAAAUGGUCCAACGAUUACAUCGGCAAAAUUCGGCCGAAAAAGGCCAGCAUGAUGGAGAUUAACAGCCUGUACAAAUCGUCGCUCGUGUGGAAUCUUAUUUGGAUCACUAGCUGCGGAUUGUUAGUAUCUUUUUUAGCAUUUUUGGGCGAAGUUAUAACGCACCGCGUGCACCGCGUCGAAUCUGUUCGAAGUUCACGCAACUAGGAACAAGUUUCCAUUUGGUAGAGGAUGCCGAAAUUUUUCUUCGCACCAAGACUUUGUGCCACAGGUGCUCGUUUCGAACUGUCCGUCCUCGUUAACUCACGCCGAACACUUGUUGAGCACGGAUCUUUGCUUAGCAAUAUUUAAACAAUCUAAUAUUAGGAGCAACUUAAUGAUCCUGUAUUUCAAACUGCGUCUCGAAAUGCCAACUAUUUUCAGCAUGUUUGACCGCGUUUGAGCGCUGCGAAACUGCACGAUCCUAACAAAUUCAACGACAAACGCUAACGAUCGCUGAAAGCGAUUUAAAGGAAAAAAAAAAGAAGAUGUGUCCCGUGAAGAAGCAAACAUUCACGGAGUAGAGCCAUGUCUUUGCACAGAAUAGUUAAACGUUCAAAAUCAAUACACUUUCUAAGCACUAUUAAUAACCGUGAUAAUGUCUCGUGUAGAAUCGUGUGAAAUAAAGAACUGUUGCAAUUUUA